UUUGUUCAGUAAAAAAUAUAAAUUUUCGUACAUUAACUUUUUUUUUGGGGUCAAUUUUUAUACAUUAACGUUUCUGUCGCUUUGUCCAGAUUUGCCUCUCGGCUGGUUGAACAGUUCAAAGUAGCGUUAAAAAGAAAACUUAUGUCCUCCCCUCACUUAAAAGUCUCAUUUCUUCUAAUGUAGUGGUUAUUGCUCUUUAAGAUUUAAGUACAAGCCUUAACAUUCAUUUAAUAUGUGUGAGUUAUUGACCCUUUUAAUAAUAAAAGUCCAAUAAAAAAAAAAUGACUCAUUCCUUCCGAGUUGGACACUCAAUAUUGUAAGGCACUUCUGUUUUCUUUCCCCAAGAAUUCUAUAGUGAGGAUGUUAUAUAUAGUUAUUAGGUGAGAUUCUAUAUCUUAACCGUUUGAUCAAAUUAGUUAAUUAUUAAAUUAAAUUGAUCAGCUAUAUUCAACAAUUAAGAUAUAUCACCUCAUCUAAGAAUCAUAUAUAAUGAACCUUACUAUAUAACGACUCUUUUUUUCCCAUUCCUUCUGGGCCUUGAUAAAUAAAUAUAUCAUAAAAAAUACGAGACUUGGGCUUUUGGCCCAGGGGCUCCCCUGCGCUGGUUUAGCUCUGUGACAUUUGUACUCGUCUCUCCGAGGUCGUCUUCUCUGUAAAACAUUGCGCAGAGUAACCGAGUCAGCGACUCAGCCGAACCCAUCCUGGCUCUUCUUUACCCGCACAACCACCCCAAGCUCACUCACCUCCUACUAAGAUGCGCCGCCCAGCUUACCAUGCGCCACCUCUACCAAAUCCAAGCCCAAGCGACCAUCAACCCAUUACCCUCCAUCGACCCAAACAUCAUCGCCGUCAAGCUCAUCGGCGUCUGCGCCGACCACGCCAACAUCCGCCACGUGGCGCUCGUAUUCAACCACUUCCUCACAGCCCCAAACAUCUUCGUCUACAAUGCCCUCCUCAAAGCCUUUGCUCAAAACAAUGACUGGCAGCACACCAUAUAUUACUUCAAUCGGCAACUGGGUUCGCCAAAUGCUCCAGCCCCAGAUGAGUACACGUUCACUUCUGUGCUCAAGGCCUGCGCUGGCCUUGCCCAAGUGACGGAGGGAGAGAAAGUUCACUGCUUUGUUGCUAAAUACGGGUGUGAGGGUAAUUUAUUUGUCAGAAAUUCGCUUACUGAUAUGUAUUUCAAGGUGGGUAAUUUCGGGAUUGCCCAGAAGCUGUUUGAUGAAAUGGGUGUGAGAGAUGUUGUUUCAUGGAACACUUUGGUUUCGGGGUAUUGCUUGAGCGGGCGGGUUGAUAAGGCCAGGUGGGUGUUUGAUGGGAUGGCAGAGAAGACUUUGUUUUCUUGGUCGACUAUGAUCACUGCGUAUGCGAAGUUCGGUGAGUUGGGGGAAGCUCGCCGUCUUUUCGAUGAGAUGCCGGAGAGGAAUGUGGUUUCAUGGAAUGCGAUGAUUGCGGGGUAUGCGCAGAAUGAGAAGUAUGCUGAGGCCAUUGGUUUGUUUAGGCAAAUGCAACAGUAUGGAUUGGCGCCAAAUGAUGUCACGCUUGUUAGUGUGUUGUCUGCUUGCGCUCAUCUUGGCGCACUUGACUUGGGGAAGUGGAUUGAUAAGUUUAUAAGACAGCGUGGGAUGGAGUUGGGUUUGUUUUUGGGGAAUGCAUUGGCAGAUAUGUAUGCCAAGUGUGGCUGCAUAGCCGAGGCUAAGCUGGUUUUUGGAAAGAUGCAUCAGAGGGAUGUGAUAUCUUGGAGCAUUAUCAUUACUGGGUUGGCCAUGAAUGGCCAUGCCGAUGAAGCUUUCUGGUGUUUCAAUAAAAUGAUUGAGCAUGAGGUGAAGCCAAAUGACAUUACUUUCAUGGGCUUAUUGACAGCGUGCACUCAUGUUGGCUUGGUCGACAAGGGGCUUGAGUAUUUCGAUAUGAUGGACAAAAGAUAUGGGACCUUCCCCAAGGUUGAGCAUUAUGGUUGUGUGGUUGAUCUUCUCAGCCGCGCCGGCCGCCUUGUUGAAGCAGAAGAUUUGAUCAACUCCAUGCCUGUGAAGCCCAAUGUUAUAGUCUGGGGUGCAUUGCUUGGUGGUUGUCGGAUUUAUAAAGACACCGAGAGAGGUGAACGCGUUGUGCAACACAUUCUCGAGCUAGAUUCCGAUCAUUCUGGAAGCUAUGUCUAUCUUGCCAAUGUAUAUACUUCAAUGGGUAGGCUGGAUGAUGCAGCAAACUGUAGGCUGAGGAUGCGAGACAAAGGCGUAACGAAAACACCGGGCUGUAGUUGGAUAGAGGUGGAUAACAUAGUCCAUGAGUUCUUCAUGGGAGACCUGUCCCAUCCUCAGCUGGACAAGAUAUACUGGAUGAUUAGAGAACUAAGGAGGAAAAUGAAGCUAGCUGGGUACAAACCGAAGACCGAUCUGGUCCUCCAUACUAUUGAUGAAGAAGAGAAAGAGGAUGCUCUGUCGGUUCAUAGUGAGAAGCUGGCCAUUGCAUUUGGCCUUAUCAGUACUAGUCCAGGAACCACCAUCCGAAUUGUGAAGAAUUUGAGGGUUUGUAAUGACUGCCAUGAUGCAACAAAAAUAAUCUCCAAAAUCGUUGAGCGAGAGAUUAUCGUGCGAGACCGCAGUCGCUUCCAUCAUUUCAAGGAUGGGAAGUGUUCUUGCAAUGACUACUGGUAACAAGUACUAAGUAGGAACUAUUGUAGCCAGGACAAAUUCUGUACAGUAGGGGAUGCAGCAACAGAUGUGUUCAAUCUAUUUGGAUGACCAAGGGUGAGAUUUUGUUCUUAUUUAAUUUAUACCAUUUCGAAUCAUGUGAGGAGAGAUAAGAGAGUAGGGGCACUAAAAGCAGGAUAGCGAAGUAUUUUUAUGUUUAUGGUUCCCCAAUCAUGAAGCCAAUGACGAGUCUAUGAAGUACAUUUGCCUAAAACUUCUUAAUUCGGAACAUUGUGAAGAUACCAAGCAAGUUUAUUAAAUACAUUUGCCUAACCCUCACAAUGGAUGCAUAGUAUAAUAUGUAUGAGAAGAAGAUUAACAUUUUUAAUUUAAUAUAUAUAAUUCGAUUCCGACGGCCAAGAAAAUUGCCUUUCUCCCUCCGGAAACUAAAUUAUGGCUGACUUGCACAAAUUUGCAGGCCAAAUUGUUUGGCACUUCUCCAAAUUCCACUCGUUAUUUCAGUUAAAUUGCGGAAAUCCACAAGCUUUCUCAAUGAAAGGGAAGGUAAGUCUUUCACCCAACUCGUUUUCUGAUAGAACAAAACUACUUAGUACAUAACCCGUUUCAUUCAUGGCAUUCCAGCGAUGACAACUCCAAUUACAUACGCUUUUCCAAGCAAAAGGACGAAAAUAACUUAAGCAAAAAUAAUUGUAAAAUUAAACCACUAUCAUUCACAAAGACAAUCCAUAUCCAGAAGUCCCAGAAUGCAAAGAUAAAUGGUUCAUACAUAUAC